CCACAUCCAACCGGUUAGUGUUGGUAGCUAGCAGGCUAGCAGCUACCUCCUCCUCCUCCUCCUCCACCUCCUCCUCCUCCUCCGCCUCUGGACGGAUCUGUGAAUGAAGAUCGCACCUCAAUGCAUCUCUCAUGGCCGCGAUGGAAGCGCCAGCUACGGAGGAUGCUGAAGCUGUUCGGUGCGCUGGUUAUCCUUGGACUGGCCCUGGCGUGCAUCACCUCCUGGGUGCUGGAAAGCUAUGACACGGCUUGGCACCCCAAACGAAACGUCCAACGCCCCAACACCGGCGACGGAGAUGGAGAUGGAGAUGGAGAUGAAGCUGAAGCCAAGGGGAGUUUGCCACCAUUCCCCGGCGGGGAGCUGAAUAACAUAUUCUGGUUUAUACAGGUGUCUGACAUCCAUAUUAGCCGAUUUCGUGACCCGAGACGCAUUCCAGAUUUUGAAAAGUUCUGCACUGAUACCAUCACUUCCAUCAAACCGGCUCUAGUGCUCGCAACAGGGGAUCUGACGGAUGCUAAGACGGAGAGUAAGGUGGGCUCUCUUCAGCAUGAGGUGGAGUGGCAGGCCUACCACAACAUCCUGAAGAGGUCUCGUGUGAUGGAGCGCACGAGGUGGAUCGACAUCCGUGGAAAUCAUGAUGCCUUCAACAUAUUUUCGCUGGACAGCAUCAACAACUACUACAGGAAGUACUCAGCUAAUCAGAAAGUGGGUUCUUUCCACUAUGUUCACAAAACUCCAUUUGGCAACUACUCCUUCAUCUGCGCAGAUGCCACCCUCACGCCAGGACCCAAGAGGCCGUACAAUUUCUUUGGUAUUCUCAAUCAGACUCAAAUGAACCUGCUGGCCACGUUCAGAGCCGAGAGUCUGAAAAGCAACCAGUCCGUCUGGUUUGGCCACUACACCACCUCCACGAUCAUCUCCCCCUCUCCGGGAGUUCGCGAGCUGAUGAGCGCUGCUGUUGCCUAUCUCUGUGGCCACCUGCACACGCUGGGCGGCCUGAUGCCCGUCCUGCACAGCCGACACCCACAGGGCACCCUGGAGCUGGAGCUGGGCGACUGGAUGGACAACCGCAGGUACAGAGUUCUUGCCUUCGAUCAUGACCUGUUGAGUUUCGCCGACCUGAGGUUUGAGCAGUGGCCCGCAGUUCUCAUCACCAACCCCAAGGAGGCGCAGUACCUGCACCCCGGGGUGGAGCCGCUGGGUCGAAUACGGAGAUCAACCCACAUCAGGAUCUUGGCCUUCUCUGAGGCUCCGAUCACAGCGGUGCACGUGAGUGUAGAUGGUGAAUCGUUAGGGAAGGGCCACUCUGCCGGAGGCCCGCUCUACGUGGUGCAUUGGGACCCCUCUCUCUACCUCAGUGGACUGCACACCAUCAGGGUUAAAGUGGAGGACGCGGCAGGCCGGUCGACAGUGCGGGAGCAGCAGUUCACUCUAGAGGAGGACCUGACUCCCAGCUUCAGCUUCGUGCAGUCCUUCAUCCUCCUCACAGACCACUACAUCCUGGGCCGGGUGGCCUUUGUGAUCAUGAUGCUGCUGAAUGUCGGCAUGCUGCUGCUCUUUAGGUUCCUGCGUGUUCCCUCUGGCAGAGCAUCCACAGGGCUCUCCUCUCAAGCGUGCAUGUCGCUCCACCUGGUCAGUAAAAUGGACGCCUUCUACUACUCUCUUCUGCUGUUCAACGUGUACACUGCCUUAGGUCCGUGGUUCAUAGGAGAGCUGAUAGACGGCCACAACGGUGCCUGUUUUGCCUUCGGGGUGUUCAUCGAUGGACACUUCCUGGAAGGCAGUCUCACUUACGUUGUUGGAGUUGUUCAACUGGUAUUCUUCAACAUGCCCCUCACUUGUUACCUCUGCUGGAGCCUCCAUCACCGUUGCCGCGGCAACACCUUCCGAUCCCACUUCCUGCGGCCAGGCUGCCGCUGGCGGACUCUGGUGGUCCACUUCUCCAUGCUGCUGCUGCUCACCUGGCAGGCCUACUCCUGCUACUUCCUCCUGGAGACCUACGGCCCCGUGGCCUUUUUCCUGUCUCCGGUUCGCACAUGGGCACUAGGGCUCAGCCUGCUAUUGGUCUACCGUGCCUGGACAGGCCCCGCCCCUCAUCUCCGUGACAACAGCAAGAGCGGCUCUCCCUCUUCUUGACAGUAAUUGGACUGCGCCGCCGCCGGUUUCCUUGAGCCUGACUCACAGUUAUAUAUUUUGCCGUCUCUGUCCACCCUGACGCCCUCAGACGAUUCUCCCCCCCCUCCACACAGCAAAGCCCUCCUCUCUCUCGCUCUUCCUUCCAAAGCCACUUUAUAUCACUCACUAUCCUGUUUCUAGAUAGUAUUGUUUAUUUAAUAUGCAUGUUCACGUAGAGCACUGGUGAGCACAUUUCUGGCCAUAUUCAUAGCAAUGUGUACAGUGUCAAAAAAAAAAAAACAGAAAACCUUGGGAUACGUUGAGGGUUAUAUAGCCAAUUUCAGCUAUGUGAGGACUAGUCCAAUGUAUGCUGCAGUUGACAGUAUAAGUGCUGUAUUCUGCUGUGGCUCAAGCUGAUUCAUUGACUUGAGCUGUAGCACUUUUUGGAAGUGUUGCCUUGGCCACCUGCCACUUCACCACUGCCAAACAAGGAAUAAGAAAGAUAUUACCUUUAACUCUUUCCCCCUCCUAAAAACAAUUCAUUCACUGACGAAGGCUGGAUGUGCCAAACGACCCUCGUUUUUACCUUCCGACGCAAAAAUCCUUAGGAUGAGAAAGGAGCGCACUUCUCUGUGAGCUUUCCCUCCACAGGCCCACGCCGCCAUUGGUGGAGACGUUACGGAAGUCACUUUGCCCAGAGAUGGCAUACUGUAGGUUAUGCAGCCCCGAAUGAUCAUGAUCUCAUACUCAGCUUACACUCUCUACAUAUUAAUACAGGAAAUACACUGCGUCAAACCAGUAGUUCAUUCAUGUACAAGUAGAUAAAGAGUUAAAGCGGAGAAAGAAAGAAAGAAAAAAAAAAAAGAAAAAAUCCUUUGCACAUAGCUAAACUGCCACUAAUCACUGUUCUCGAUAUUAACAUUGGAAGCAUCAUAUCAAACAGAGACAUUCACCUUUACCGUAGCCCUGCACAUUUUCCCGCGUUUAUUUGGUCUUGAGCUGUUGUAAUGCCAAUUCUGACAAAAGACACAGAGAAGCUGGCCCGAGUUUUCACGCUCCCUCUGACGUCACUAUAGAAAGCAGCUGUUUGUCUCUCAGGAAUGUGAGCACUUGAACAAUAGGCUGGUCCCACUAGUAUUUUCAGGAACUGACAAUACGACAAUGUUUUUAUACUCCAUAUAGUAGCUCAGUGAACUAAACAAUGUUGAACAAUCCAGAUGUGUGGUGGCUUAAAAGACAUGAAUGUGACAUAGCUGUGGUGAAAUGAACAGUUUUAUUUAUUUUUCUUUUUUUUUUUCUGAUUGUAAAUGUGUGAUUGUGUCUUUUUUUUCCCCCCACCUUUUCCUUUAUGUGCUGAUGUCUCUGCACUGAUAGUGAUCAUCACUGUCCCGGGAGGUUAGACCCUCCCUCGCAAGCAAAUCUGGGUCAGAGGUUACCUGCUUUUUUGGAAUUCAUUUGACAGCUUCGUUCAUCAAGUAAUUUCUGUCCCGACUAUCCAGAAUGUAGAUCCCUUUUGUGACGCAGCCUGUUGCACUCUACUUCAGCCCUUUUCUUGUCAAUAGCAGCUGCAGGUAAGUUAAAUCCUGGUAUUUCUUUAACCCAGCCGGAGUGCAGAAUUGCUCAAUGUAGUGAUGAAUCAUAAAAAAAAUAAAAUAAAAAAAAAAGGAACAAAAAUCUCCUUAGACAUUGAGCAAUAAUUUGCAUUCUCAUUGGAAAAGGGUUAAUGAAUACAGCGAGGUAACUUUUUUCUUCUCUGCUAAGGCAAGUGUGUACCUUUCCAUGCUGUAUGAGAGCAGUAUCAUGUGUAUAUUUCCAGAAUUAAGACAAAUACCUUGAAUUAAAGCAUUUUUUUUAUUA